AUGCGCAUUACUUCCGCGGCUCUCUCUCUCUCUCUGCUGGCCUCUGCCAAUGCGCAGAUCUUCCAAAUCCCCGAAGUGGAACGCAUCACCGCCCAGGUGGUGCGCCAGUUCUCCAAAUAUAUCAACUAUAAUGGUCCAAGCAAGGAUGCUCUCGCGGCAAUGAAGCCCACAAAGCAGCAGACGCAAGUGAGCCAGUCGACAGCGGCGGACGCGUCCUACUGGUUGGCGGAUAUUAAGCACCAGGGUCUCGCGGCCUUUAACUCCGACCCAUCCACUUACACUGUCUUCCGCAAUGUCAUGGACUACGGCGCCAAGGGUGACGGUGUCACCGAUGACACGGCUGCCAUCAACUCUGCCAUCAGCUCCGGUGGUCGCUUUGGUCCGAACGGCGGACAGACCUCGACUACUACGCCGGCGAUUGUUUACUUCCCGGAGGGAACCUAUCUGGUCUCCACGUCAAUCAUUGACUACUAUUACACCCAGCUGAUCGGAAACCCGAAUGCUAUGCCCACCCUUAAGGCCACAUCGGGCUUCACAGGCCUGGGUGUGAUCGAUGGUGAUCAAUACCAGUCGUCGGGCAACCAAGGCUGGACUUCAACGAAUGUGUUCUACCGACAGAUCCGGAACUUGAAGAUUGACCUGACCGAUAUUCCGGGCUCCUCGGCCGCGACAGGUAUUCAUUGGCCAGUUGGACAGGCUACGAGUAUCCAGAAUGUAGAGAUCGCCAUGAGUGCUGCGUCAGGAACCCAACAUCAGGGCAUUUUCAUCGAGAACGGCUCUGGCGGUUUCUUGACCGACAUCACGACCACGGGAGGUCUCUACGCGAUGAACGUUGGUAACCAGCAGUUCACCAUGCGCAAUCUUCAGAUUUCCGACGCAGUGACGGCCAUUUCUCAGAUCUGGGACUGGGGCUGGACCUACCAGGGUCUCACUCUGUCCAACUGCACCACCGGUGUCUCGAUCGCCAACGGCGGUGCUGGCAAUCAGGAAGUUGGUUCCGUCAAUAUCCUCGACAGCACCAUCCAGGACUGCCAGACCUUUGUCACUACUGCUUGGGAGAGCUCUACAUCGAGCAACGGCAGUCUGAUCCUGGAGAACAUUACCCUUGACAACACCCCGGUUGCGGUCAGCGGAGUGAGCGGCACGGUUCUGGACGGUGGUUCUACCACCAUCAGUGCCUGGGGCCAGGGCCAUAAAUAUACCCCCAAUGGACCCACCAACUUCGAGGGCGCAUUUACUGCUCCAACCCGCCCGAGCGCCCUGCUCGCUAGCGGAGGAUCCGCCUACUAUACUAAGUCGAAGCCCCAGUACGCCGCAUCACCAACAUCUUCCAUCAGCAGCAUUCGCGACGCCGGUGCUAAAGGCGAUGGCACAACGGACGAUACCGCGGCCAUUCAAAGCGCCCUGACUUCUGCCGCAUCCUCCGGUCAGAUUCUCUUCUUUGAUCAGGGUGUUUACAAAGUCACCAGCACGAUCACGAUCCCGCCGGGCUCUGUCAUUGUUGGAGAGUCCUAUCCUGUGAUCAUGGCCAGUGGUAGUGCAUGGUCCAGCAUCACCGACCCCGUGCCCGUGGUCCAGGUUGGCACGUCCGGGCAAUCCGGACAUGUCGAGUGGUCUGACAUGAUCGUGAGCACGCAGGGUUCUGCUCCUGGAGCCGUGUUGAUCGAGUGGAAUCUGGAUGCGGACUCCGGGUCUGGUAUGUGGGAUGUCCAUACUCGCAUUGGAGGCUUCGCCGGCUCGAAUCUGCAGGUUGCGCAGUGCCCAACUUCGGCACAACCGACCGCGGCCUGCGAGGCGGCGUACAUGUCCAUGCACAUCACCAGCUCCGCCAGCAAUGUCUACAUGGAGAACGUGUGGCUGUGGACCGCCGACCACGACCUGGACAAUGCGGCCAGCACCCAGAUCUCUGUUUUCACUGGCCGUGGCUUGCUCAUUGAAGGCAAGAACGUCUGGAUGUACGGCACCGCGGUUGAGCACCACUCGCUGUAUCAGUUCCAGCUUUCAGGCGCAAGCGCCGUUGUGGGAGGAUUCCUUCAAACCGAAACACCAUACUAUCAACCCAGCCCCAACGCGGCCAACAGCCCGUACCCUACCAACUCGGCCAUCAACGAUCCAGACUACAGCAGCAGCUGUCCUAGCACUGGUAACUGCGAUGCUUUGGGCCUGCGCAUCCUCAACAGUGAAAACGUUAUUAUCUACGGUGCUGGUCUCUAUAGUUUCUUCGACAACUACAGCACGACUUGCUCUACGUUCCCCACCCCCGAGAACUGCCAGAGCGAAAUCUUCAGCAUCGAGGGCACAACCAGCGCUCUCACGGUGUACUCUCUCAGCACCGUUGGCACAACCAACAUGAUUGUCGAGUCUGGCACCUCGCUGGCGACGGUCAGCGACAAUCUGGAUACUUACGCCGCGACGAUUGCUAUGUUUACCCUUUAA